AUGGCUAACGAGUCUUCUAGACUCCAAAAUCUAAUUGAGGAGCUCGGGUUUCCCCCAAGCGAGCAUCAAUUCUUGCUUCGUCUUUUCGGCUCGUCCGACCCAUUUUCUUGGCUUCCUGGUGCAGACCUAGAGACCAGUCACAGCCGGAAUCAAUCUGGUCAAAAUAGCUCUACCAGUAUUGCUCGCAGACUUGCAUCUGCUAGGCUCUGGCAAGAUAUUCCUCCAUUUACUGAUGAACGUGCCAAUCAGCUUCGUCUACGAUCCGAGCACCGUCAUCCUAGUGACUCCCGUGAAGGUUUAGAAGGCAGAGAUCGGGUUCACUACGAAGAAGAGUGGACUUCCCUGAUCGGUACAGAUUCAGAAUCACUGCUCUCCGAGUUACUCCAACAGCUUGCAACGGACGACGAGCCUCCCUCCCCUGAAGACCCUAAGGCAUCAGAGAACGUUGCACACCCUGGAUCAUUUGCACCCCCGAGCCCGUCAGUCUAUGACAGCGAAAUAGGUGAGCCACCCGACUCUGUUGAUAACUUCGACGAGACCCCCGGAACCCAAGGCAAUUGCGAAGAAUCCCAGGACCCGAGGACAUUAAAUCAACCUGGGAGCUUUGAGCGGCUACUUGAAUCAUUCUCAAGUCCACCCGGUUGCAAUCAAACAGUCAAGGGCCAGAGUUUCUCCCACCUUUAUUCCGACGCCCAACGAGUGCCACCGAAAGACAGUGCCCAGGCUAACACAUCAACGCUUGCCAGCAGUCAGAUCAAACCUGCGACUAGUCUUCCUCGGAUUUCCCGAUUCUCUGAAGAUUUGGGAGACAGUAGCCCGAUCGGAGAACAAUAUUCUUCCAGCAUCUGUGCCAAGGCUGAUACAUCUGCACUCAACACCAGUAGGCUCGACACCAGUGGGCUAGGUAAUACCUCUCCUAGUUCUUCUAGAAUCUCCCCGCCGGUUUAUUCAACUGUCACCAACACUCGGAACACUUCCCUUCAUAUCCCUUCCCUGACCCCCAGCGGCUCUUUCGGAGAGUUACGUCUCCCUGUUGAUCAUCACGAGGGACAACGAGCGGAUCCUGAAAGCUCCCACAGGGCCCAGGAGCGCACAAACCGGUACACAUACACCCCUUUCCCUGAACCCUCCUCGAGAGUUCGUCCGAUUAGCCGUGUGAUCAGAAGGCAGUACUCCUUCCGCAGCAUCUUCGAAGGGCGCGCUACACCUACAGAUCCCCCUCGAUAUUACAAAAAUACGCCUCUUCAUAUCUCUACUCUUCCGCCGGCGGUCUCUUUCGCCUCUAGAAAAAGGAACACAUCAAAGCCCAAGAGAAUCUGGAAGAAUUGUGUUAAAAAGGUCAAACAUUUGCUUUGUCGAACCCGCAAACGCACGCCAUCUGCUCUCAAUCAUUAA